AUGGUCUCCGGCGUCCCCCACCGCCCGGACGAGAACGGCGGGGGCGGCGGCCCGAGCUUCCCGCAGCAGCCGGCGCCCGUGGGCACUCCGCCGCCCUCCAGCGGCCCCGCGCACUCCGCCUCCACCAGCGGCGGCAGCGCCGGCGGCUCCCCGUCCAGCCGCAGCGAGCAGCAGGGCCCCGCCGCCACCAACGGCGCGGGCCCCGCCGCGUCCACGCCCGCCAGCGACGGCACGGCCUUCCUCCGCCUCAACAACCUCGACAUCAACGGCGACGACGCGCCUUCCUCGCAGGCUCCCAUCAGCAUCAAGAAGAAGAAGCGAAGAGCGGCAGCAGUUGGUCCUGAUAAAGGUGGCCGGGGGUUGCGACAGUUCAGUAUGAAAGUUUGCGAGAAAGUUGAAAGUAAAGGGAGAACAACAUAUAAUGAGGUGGCAGAUGAACUUGUUGCUGAGUUUACAGACCCCAAUAAUAAUAUUGAACCACCAGAUCCUGAUAAUCCGAAUGCACAACAAUAUGAUGAGAAAAAUAUUCGAAGGAGGGUUUAUGAUGCACUGAAUGUUCUGAUGGCUAUGGACAUUAUAUCUAAGGAUAAGAAGGAAAUACAGUGGAAAGGCUUGCCUCGGACUAGUAUAAAUGAUAUUGAAGAACUGCAGGCGGAUCUCGCCGGAGUGAAAGGAAGGAUUGAAAAGAAAAGUGCUUAUUUGCAGGAGCUACAAGAUCAAUAUCUAGGUAUGCAAAACUUAAUAAACCGAAAUGAGCAGCUGUAUGGUUCAGGAAACAUUCCUUCGGGUGGAGUGGCCUUGCCAUUCAUCCUUAUCCAGACACGGCCUCAUGCAACUGUCGAAGUUGAAAUAUCAGAAGAUAUGCAACUUGUGCAUUUUGACUUUAAUACCACCCCAUUUGAGUUGCACGAUGACUCGUAUGUGCUAAAAGCACUGAACUCGUAUGGAAAAGAAGAGAAUGCCGGUACUUCGGAGCCGAUAUCAAAUGGAUGCGAGGGCUCGAGCACGCCGAAUUUUUAUCGGCAUCAGAUACAACAAUCUGCAAUGGCAAGUAAUGGCACAAAUAGAUUACCAAGCUCACCACCACCCCCUGUUCCAGGCAUUCUGAAAGGGCGAGUGAAGCAUGAGCACCUGUACUAG